AUGGAUGCCCUCCCGAAGAAGUAUAUUGUGAUUGUAGGAGCUGGUAUCAUUGGCCUCAACACUGCGUUAGCCUUAUGUCGUCGAGGUCUCGGGGACCGCAUCGUAAUAUUUGCAGAGCACCUUCCUGGCGAUACGUCAAUCAACUAUGCCUCUCCUUGGGCUGGCGCCAAUUUCUCUGCUGUGUCUGGCAGCGACUCAAAUGCUCUCAGGUGGGAUCGCCUUGGGUAUCUUCAUCUCAUGCAGUUGGCAAAAGAUCGUGGAAGGGAAUCGUUCGUCCAGCCCACGCCAUCCAUCGAGUACUGGGAUGAGGCAGUGUCCACCGAAAAGAUCGACUCCAUGUCCCAGUACCUACAAGACUUUCGAACUAUUCCCAAAGACGAUCUUCCAACAGGGGUUGCUGUCGGAGUCACGUUCACGACCCUCACCGUCAAUGCCCCUAAGCAUCUCGAAUGGCUUUCCAACUAUCUCAAGACGGAUUUCGGAGUCCGCAUUGUCAAGAAGAAAGUCUCAAACAUCGACGAGGCUUUUUCCGACGGCGUCUCUCUGGUUUUCAACUGCACAGGAAAUGCGUCCAAGGACCUGGGUGGUGUCGAAGAUGCCAGCUGUUACCCGACUCGCGGGCAGAUCGCAAUCGCAAGAGUCCCUCAUGUCAAGACGAACAUGAUGCGGCAUGGAAAGGACUACGUUACUUACAUAAUCCCAAGACCUUGGUCCAACGGCAACGUCGUCCUCGGUGGAUUCAUGCAGAAGGGCGUGAGUACCGGAGACACAUUCUCGCAUGAAACGGAUUCCAUCCUUCAACGUACGGCCAGCUUGAGCCCUGAGAUCCAAGGAGGCCCUGCACCGGAUAUCUUGGCUGUUGCAGCUGGGCUCCGUCCAUCCCGUAAAGGUGGCGCGAGAGUUGAGAAGACUGAAGUGACGGUGAGGGGAAAGACUCGUUAUCUAGUCCAUAACUAUGGUGCUGGUGGCACCGGCUAUCAGGCUGGCUAUGUCUUCCAUUCAUUACAAACAUUCGUUUCCAAAAACCUCGAACUCAUCAUGAAGUUCUCCAGCAACGCACUCCUGGCCACCAUGGCCGCCCAAGCAUCAGCUCUUGUCCAGCUCGAGGCCAGAUUCAGCGACACUAUGGUCGACGUUGGCGACCUCGACCUUUUCAAGGCAACCUGGGAGGCCAUCUACGCUGAGCCGGGCAAUGCCCGAGCCAUCACGACCGACCGCGCCAUCGGUGCUCAGAACCACGAGUGCCGUCCCACCAGCGACACGAAGGAGACCGUCUCCGUUCAACUCAAGAUGACGGGAGCCUGGGGACAGACGCCCGGUCUUUCCAACAACGAGAUGCGCGAGGGCCUCGUCACGACCAUGUAUGAAGUUCUCGAGGAGGUUGCCAACAAGAACGCCUACCAGGUCUUCAGCGACUGCGAGGGCUUCAGCAUGAUCCCGAGUUUCCCUCACGACCCCAACGCUGCUUGCGGCCCUUACACUAGCAGCGGAAACAACUGCGACUAUCCCUGCAAAGGAGAGCCCGGCAUCCAGUGCACCACCCGCAAGUGGGCUCACCGGGUGCCCUCUUUUAUGCGCGUCACCGCCUACAUCGACAACCAGCUGCAGCCUGACGACUUGGUUGUCGAGUUCAGUUCCAGCAAUGUUAACAACGAGAAGGGAGGCUGCGGUUGGGUCGGUCCUGUUGCUAGCGCUUUGGCUGGUUUCAUUCCUGUCGCUGGUGAAUACUUUGCCACGGGUAUUGAGAUUGGCUGCAGUAACUAA